AUGGCCGGGGGCGGGCGGCUGCGCUUCGCUUUGGCCUGCUGCUUGCUGGGGCUCCUCGGGGUGGCGGCGGCUUCGCUGAACCGCAGCUCGCCGGAGGAGGAUCGGUGCAAGCGCGCUGCGCCCUGCGAGGCCCUCCAGGAGAGCAACUGUCUAGGAUCGCCGCUGCCCUACGCCGCCACCUCCACGUUGCUGGCCGGGGACUCCAGCUCGCAGGCGGAGGCGCACGACAAGCUGCUGCUCUGGUCCGGUUUGCGGAACGCGCCGCGCUGCUGGGAUGUCAUCCAACCCCUCUUGUGUGCCGUGUACAUGCCGAAGUGCCAAGACGGCCAUGUGGAACUGCCUAGCCAAACUUUGUGCCAAGCCACGCGGGGGCCCUGCACCAUCGUGGAACGAGAGAGAGGCUGGCCCGACUUCCUCAAAUGCACCACCGAUCGGUUCCCGGAAGGGUGCCCGAACGAAGUCCAGAACAUUAAAUUCAACAGCUCGGGGCGAUGCGAAGCCCCCCUGGUGCAGACCAACAACCCCAAGAGUUGGUACGAGGAUGUGGAAGGUUGUGGGAUCCAAUGCCAGAACCCCCUUUUCACCCAGAAGGAACAUCGCGAGAUGCACAUCUACAUCGCCGCCUUCAGUUCGGUCACCAUUUUUUGCACCUUUUUCACCCUGGCCACCUUCUUAGCCGACUGGAAGAAUUCGAACCGCUACCCCGCUGUGAUCCUCUUCUAUGUCAACGCCUGCUUCUUCAUGGGCAGCAUCGGCUGGCUGGCCCAGUUCAUGGACGGCGCCCGCAGCGAGAUCGUCUGCCGAGCUGAUGGCACCAUGCGCUUGGGAGAGCCCACGUAG